AAAAAAACUUUCUAGCACCAGCUUGCCGCCGAUUCUAUGGGGCUGUAAUGAUUGAUUGUCACAAACCGUCACUCUAGCUUUACUUUCUUCUCGGUAAUUUACUUCUGUACAUAUAUAUUCUUAUUAACUCUUCGUUGGGAAUACUUGUGUACGUAGACACCAUGAUUCUCCUCCCCCUCUCUGUGUGUUUAUGUUAGAAGAGAAGAAAAAAAAUAAACCGCCAUGGAAACUAUAUGUAAUGGCUCUAACGUUGGUUUUAUGCUACUGCCGGUUGUUGUUUUCGCUUCGCUUAUUGUCUACUUUGGUUCUCCCUUGAACCAGAAUACCAAUACUGUGGGAUAUUUUUCUUCGUUUUCUACAUCAAAUACUGCCUAUACUAAAGCUAACGAGCUUGUUUUUGAAAGCUCUCAACCCUCUCCGUCACAGCCACACCAGUUGCCAACGCAGAUAAAGAGAGGCAGAGAGAAGAUUGAAGAUGGUUUGGCAAGAGCAAGAGCAGCAAUUCUGGGCGCGGCGCGGUUGAAAAACUACACAUCAUACAAGGAAGGAACUUACAUUCCCAAAGGAGUCAUAUACAGAAAUCCUUACGCUUUUCAUCAGAGCCAUACAGAGAUGGAGAAGAGAUUCAAGAUAUGGGUUUACAAGGAAGGAGAGCGACCUCUUGUCCAUGGUGGACCCUUAAACAACAUCUACGGCGUUGAAGGUCAGUUUCUUGAUGAGAUGGAGCAUGGAGAGAGCCCCUUUGCUGCUAGUCACCCCGAUGAGGCACACAUGUUUCUCCUACCCAUUAGCGUGGCCUAUAUCAUCAGCUAUGUCUACAAGCCUCUUGUCACGUAUUCUCGUGAUGAACUGCAACGUUUGGUCCAAGAUUAUGUUGGUGUUGUAGCCGACAAGUACCCUUACUGGAAUAGAAGUAAAGGAGCUGAUCAUUUCUUGGUUUCUUGCCAUGAUUGGGCACCGGAUAUUUCUGGAGCCAAUCCUGAUCUGUACAAGAACUUCAUAAGGGUCCUUUGCAAUGCCAAUACAUCAGAAAGAUUCGAGCCUCGAAGAGAUGUUUCAAUACCAGAAAUCAACAUUCCUAAUGGCAAGCUCGGACCGCCCCAUAAAGGCCUGCCCCCAAGUAAGCGUUCGAUUUUUGCAUUUUUCGCUGGAGGAGCUCAUGGUUAUAUCAGGAAGGUGUUACUGGAGAACUGGAAAGAUAAAGAUGACGAGAUUCAAGUCCAUGAAUACCUUGAUAAAAAGGGAACAGAUUACUUCGAAUUAAUGGGUCAAAGCAAGUUUUGCCUCUGUCCAAGUGGGUAUGAAGUAGCGAGUCCAAGAGUGGUGACGGCAAUUCAAUUAGGCUGUGUACCUGUGACUAUUUCAGAUAACUAUACGUUGCCGUUUAGUGAUGUUCUCGAUUGGAGCAAGUUUUCAGUGCAUAUUCCGUCCGAGAAGAUACCUGAAAUCAAAACAAUCUUGAAAAAGAUUUCUUCGCAAAGGUAUAUGAUAAUGCAAAUGAGAGUGAUACAAGUGCAAAGACAUUUCGAAUUGAAUCGACCGGCUCGGCCAUAUGAUCUGCUUCAUAUGCUACUUCACUCGGUAUGGUUAAGGAGGCUCAAUGUCAAGGUGCCAUAUCGAUAAUAUAAUAUGAUUUUCUAUAGAUUUUAACCCCUUCGUACAUCUCAGAUCGUCUCUUGAGUUUUUUUGUUCUAAACUGUAUCAUAUUUUGGAAUUGACUUUCAAGUCUUCUUUCUUUCAGUUUUUCCAGGUAUCUCCUAAAUUUAUAUAUAAAUAUUAAAGACUAUUUA